CAUUCGAAGGUGGGAUUAUGUGUUGUGUUGCAAGAGCUACAUGUUUUAUUUCCUUAACUUGUUUUCUUGUAAUUUUCCGUAGCUAAAUUCCAUCAUUUAGAUUGGAUGUAUUGCCAGUAUUUACAUUUCUUUGUUUUAAAGGGAGAAGCGACUUAUUAAGAUGGGGUAUAUGUUUGUAGAGAAACACACCUAUGAUCUUCUCCAUUUGAAGAGGUCUCCUGGGAUUAGAUCUUGGUCCCUCCUCAUUGGAAUUUCUUCGGUUGGACUAGCAGCAGCCUAUUACAGCUCUGAUAGUGUGUUAUGGAAGAUGUUCUAUGUGACGGGAUGUUUAUUUGUAGCUCUACAGAAUAUGGAGGAAUGGGAGGAAGCAGUUUUUGAUAAAUCUAAGGGAGAGAUAGAACUGAAGACUUUUAGUCUGUAUACCAUGAUAUUGACUCUCUGGAGAAGAGGGCAUGAGACAGUGUUGAUAGAUCUGCAGCACUUGCGAGAUGUGAGUGUUCAGGAGGAGAGGGUGAGGUAUCUGGGGAAGGGUUACCUGUUGGUGCUGCGCCUGGCAACUGGCUUCUCUCACCCUCUUACACGGAGUGCCACCCUGGGGUCACACUGUGAUGUAGAGGCAGUAGCUGCUCUUCUGAAACGCUUCUUGGGUCUUGAGGAGUUACAAGAGCACUUGGGAGAAGAUGAUUAUCCUGAUGAAGAUGACAAUGAAGAUUUGGGAUUGGGUGAUAGCAGUGACUCAAAAGAUGAGUGUGAUCUUUAAAACCCUUCAUGAUCUGUUAUCAUGAAAAUGGUGAAAGACACUAUAUCAUGCCUAUAAUGAAUAGACUUGCACUCCAUUCUUACAAUCAACCCAAUGACAAUCUAUAAGCUUGAUCCUUCCUUGUUGCAUUGUAUUUUCACAUCCAUUUUAUAAGUGGCAUUAGAAAAUAUUCCUCUGUAUAUUUUGCACAAUGGAUGCAUGAAUGAUUUGGAUGUUAUAAAUGCAUUAAGAACUCCCUUUCCAUUGGUCAAUAAGUAGGUGGUCAUGUGCUCUAAACCUCUAUGCAUGCUUAUGCAGAUCAUAAUGUGCCUUUAUUCACAAAUUGCAUUCAGUGAAAAUAGGGAUUUAAUGAACAUGUAUUCAAACUCGCAGCUUUUUUUUUUUUUGUACUUUGUAUACAUUUCAUUAGUUUUUAACCUAAAGCUAGAAAAAGUCCGCUGCUCAGAAAUCGCUUGUCUUCAGGAGAUGUUUGUUGGUUUUGUAGCUUUGUCUUUUACAUUACUGUUAAUAGUUCUGCUACAGAAAUAUUUUUUUAUUGACAACUUUUUGAAACUGGAUUAAUUACAUAAAGUAUAAAUCAUGCAGAUGCUUAUAUGUGAUGCAUUCAUUUUCUAUUAAAACAUAUAUAUUUAG